AUGAGUGACAUUGAAGAAUUCAACGAAUGCAAUGAGGCUUUCAUGAACUCAAUAGGACAUGCCAUGUCACUUCUUGUCCCACUGGUUUUCCCCAAUCUGCUAGAAAUUCUAGGCAAAACAAACACGUUGCAUUGUGCAGAUGUAAACUCAUUGGAUACCUCCAAAGUUGAGCGGUUUUUGGGGAUAGUCAAGAAGUGUUUGGGCAAUUUCUAUUCCAAGCAUAAGGGUCCAUAUUGGGAAGCCGAUAAGCUCGAUGAAAUGGAAGAGCCAGGUUUGGUGUAUAUUUGGUACGAACACGAGGGAGCCAUUUCUUGUUUCCUAUCUGUGAUGAUGGUCCUCGAGCCUUUGGGAAAGACCCUUUACUUGUAUGAAAUUCACGUCUUGCCCGAAUUCCAGGGUCACCAACUAGGAACAAAGCUCAUGACACAUUUUCAUGAUUUUGGAGCACUCCUCAAUUCGAAAUCACAAGAAUCAUCUAGUCUACGUCGUCAUUUCGCCUCGGUUGCAACGGGAUUAACGGUGUUUUCAGACAAUAAAAGGGCAUUCAAAUGGUAUGUAAAAUUCGGCUAUAAAUUCGCGGUGGACUCUCCUUUGGAUAAGCCCCUUAGGAACGGUAAGAUUCUUAAGCCUACUGUCUAUGUCCUCUCCAGACCAUUGAACGAUACUGCACCAGUGAGUAUCUAG